UCUCUCUCAUCAUCUCCUCUCCCCCUCUAUCCACAACUGCCGUGCCCAAACUUCUCCAAUCACACUACUCGCCAACAACCGCCGCCUCAUUCUCUCUCUCAUCGCCGUCAAUGGCUGGAAGAGGCAAGAACAUCGGCGCCGGCGCCGCCGUCAAGAAAGGUGUCUCGCGCAGUAGCAAGGCUGGUCUUCAGUUUCCCGUCGGAAGAAUCGCUCGUUUUCUUAAGGCUGGUAAGUACGCUGAGCGUGUUGGUGCUGGUGCUCCCGUCUACCUCGCCGCCGUCCUCGAAUAUCUCGCCGCCGAGGUGUUGGAGUUGGCUGGAAACGCAGCAAGAGACAACAAGAAGACCAGAAUCGUGCCGCGUCACAUUCAAUUGGCCGUCAGGAAUGACGAAGAGCUCAGCAGGCUGCUCGGCGAUGUGACGAUUGCUGCCGGUGGUGUUAUGCCGAACAUCCACAACCUUCUCCUCCCCAACAAGGGCCCCAAGAAGGCGGCUGCCGAGGAAGAGUAAAUUCGACGUCGAAAGGAAUCCUAUAUCAAAGUUUAAUCGUAGAAAUAUGUAGAGAUGGAUGAACAUACAAGCAAAUAGUUUUAUUUUCUACACUGGGUUCUUUAGGAUUUUAUUAUAGUUUUAUGAGUUUGUCUAGUUUCUAUGAGAAAACUUUGGUUUCUAGAUUAGGAGUAGCAUUUUAUGGUAACAAAUAUUUGGUAUCGUGAAAUGAGUAAAAGCUUGAAUUUGAGCAUUUCUGGUUGGAAAUUUUGUGCCUAUUUGUUGCAAAUUGAGGUAUGUUUGCUCGGAUUAUGCGAUUUAUAAUGAAAUUUACCAAAUGUUUCGUGAGCGUUGUAAAAAAAAAAAA